AAGGAAGACAAACACAAUGCUCAAUCUACAAGGUAAAAUUGUCCUCAUCACCGGUCUUGGCCAAACCAGCGACGAAGGCUGGGGCAUUGGAGCAGCCAUUGCCACGCUUUUCGCUCGUCAAGGAGCGUUCAUUUACGGGGGAAAUCGCUCUCUCGAAUCCGCGGAAAGAACGAAGCGUCGCAUCGAAAAGGAGGGUGGAAUUUGCGAUGUCGUCUCGACAGAUGCCACCGACUCGGCAUCCGUGAAAGCCCUCGUCCACAAAUGUGUUCGAAAACAUGGCCGUAUAGAUAUUCUCGUGAACAACGUUGGCCGCUCGGAGCCGGGCUGCCCAGCCACGAUGGCAGAGGACGUAUGGCACUCUCAAAUCGACAUCAACCUCAACAGCGUAUACCUCACGUGCCAUCACGUUCUCCCGAUCAUGGAACGACAAGAGUCCGGGGGUGCAAUUGUCAACGUUGCCAGCAUCGCCGGUCUGCGCUACAUCGGGAAGGCCCAAGUCGCGUAUUCUGCAACCAAAGCCGCCAUUAUGCAGUUUACCAAAGCCACGGCUGUCAUUUACGCGGAUAAAAGAGUUCGACUGAAUACGGUAGUCCCCGGAUUGAUCUACACGCCUUAUACCCAAGACCUUGCCAAGCGGUAUGCCCCAGGAGGGGACGAGGAGACGUACAUGAAGAAACGCGAUGAACAGGUGCCAAUGGGCCGGAUGGGAGAUGCGUGGGAUGUAGCCAAUGCCGCACUGUUUCUAGCAUCUGAUGAAGCUAUGUAUAUCACUGGGCAGAAGAUCGUGGUAGAUGGAGCUAUAACAUCCUCGACAGGCCGUGUUUGAAUUUUGUUUUUCUGUAUGUAACUACUACUAUAGUCGCAAUGACAAUGAGGUGU